UGGAAAAAAUGGAGCAAAAAUAAAAAAGUGUUGCAAAAUAUGAGAGGCCAAGUGUUAAGAAAAGGCAGAUGGCGGGGGGAGUGUCAUAAUGCGGAAACCAUCAGCUCCAAGGAGCAGACAAAACCAUUGUUAAUGCAAAAGAAAAUGAAAAUUUAUUUAAACCCAGCUGGCAGGGUGGAGGUAGUCACUGCAUGGUUUGGUUCUGCCAGGAAGGAGAGUCAGAGUUAAAUUAAGCCAAUGCAAAAAAGCCACGAGAGUCAGAACUUUGAAUAAUAAUGAACCAGUCCUACUUAGUCUUACCAGAUCCAGGACAGAAGGAUGAACGGCCAACUGGCAGGUAAAAAGCGAAUGGUCUCCAUCCAGGAAAUAGUGGCAGGCAGGGCAGAUGAAGGGUAGGCCAAAGCAGGCGUAAACUGAGUAGUCUCAGGCUGAGUAGGAGAAAAGAUGAUCUAGCAAGGAACUGCUGCAGCCUGCAGCUUGAUAUACCCAGCCUCCUAAUUACCAGAUGCAUGUUAGGUGUGUGACAGAGCAUCCAAACAGGCCCAUACUCCACCUGCAGCUGAAAGCAAUUAAUCUGAAAGACUCAAUGCAAAACAGUUCCCAGCUCUGCCAACCACCCAUGACAGGAAGAAGUCAUAGAUCAAACAAGUGCAAAAAGUCCAGAAACAACUAUACCUUCCCUAUUUGAGGUUGUGCAGUGAUGUGUGGGCUGGCUGCAUUGUGUCUCCUGCUUCUGCAAACUGGAGCUGUUGGUUUCAGUAUAUUAGCUGGAGAGUCUUUUAAUCAUCAACAGAUCACUGAGAGAGCAAUCUUAAAUGUCACAGUACAGACGUGCCAUGCUCUGGCAUUGGCUGAAGGCAAAACAUUUAUAUUUCCUCCUCAGCCUUUUACUGCUGAUUCAGUUGCUGCUGCAUGUGAAGCAUCACAAUCAUCCAAGAGCUUCCACAGGUCUAUCUUUCUGAUCAAAACUAUGAACUGGAAAACCGACAUACAAAAUAUCCUUGACCCAAGUUAUCACUUUGAUGGAGAAACAUUUACAGAUGGAAGGAAGCUCAUCACAGAAGGAUUAUCUGUUGUAAAGGCUGCUAUCAAGAAACACAGCUUUGUUUCAGCAAAGUCUAACCUGGGCGUAAUACUCCACCCCUUACAGGAUUUUUACAGUCACAGUAACUGGGUGGAAAUUGGAAACAAUCUUCCAAACUCCAAUCUGAUCAGAGCCGACACGAGCAUUGGAAACAUAGCUGCUAAAAGCAGACCAACGUGCCGCAAUUGUGAUGGAAAUGACUGCAGGGACAACAUUUUGGAGGAUAUUCUACAAGAAAAGAUACUGACUUCAGGAUAUUUUGGAUUUUUUUUCUACAAACCCACAGGAAAAUGCAGCCAUGGAGGUAUCCCUGAUUCAACAAGUUUGAUUGAGCCUAAGGGUGGUAUCAACAAAGACACAUUCACCUCCAGUCACGGGCAUCUCCAUCGUCAAGCAGCAAAUCUUGCUAUAGCUGCAACCACUGAGCUACUGCAGGAUGUCCGAGAGGCUGCUGGAGACAAACUAUUCCUGCAGAUGUUGGGAAUCAACAAAGGAUCCAGUAAACCCAUUUGUUUUGUGCUGGACACAACAGAAAGCAUGAGGGAUGACAUUGUAACUGUGAAGGCCAUCACAUCCUCUAUUAUCAACACUAAAGUGGGAACAAAUGAUGAGCCCUCAUCUUACAUUAUUGUCCCUUUUGGAGAUCCAGAUUUUGGCCCAUUGAUGAGGACCACAGACCCAGAAUUCUUCGAGAAUUAUAUAAAUUUACUAUCAGCAGAUGGUGGAGGCGAUUUCCCAGAAAUGAGUCUUUCAGGACUUCAGUUGGCUUUAACUGGAUCUCCCUCUGAUUCUGAGAUAUUCGUCUUCACUGAUGCAUCUGCCAAAGACCCACACCUGAAAGACACAGUGAUGGCACUUAUAGAGCAGACUAACACAGUGGUGAACUUUUUGAUUACUAACCCAGAAAGGUUAAAUCAUCGUGCAAAGAAUGACAACCUUCAACUAGGAGGCAGUCAGCUGGCGAAAGCAGACAUCCAGCUGUACGAAGACCUGGCUCAGGCCUCAGGAGGUCAGGUUAUUGAAAUCACAAAAGUUCAGCUUCUUGAGGCAACCAGCAUCAUAUCAAAGUCAUCCAGCUCGUCCCUGGUAUCACUUCUGCAAGUGUCCAGGAACCUGGGGACGGCUGAAAAUUUCACUUUCAUUGUUGAUGAGUCAGUGAGUAACCUGACAAUAUACAUUACUGGAAGUUCAGUCAAUUUUACGCUCAUCAGUCCCUCAGGUGUUCAACAUAGCACAGACACAAACGAUUCAUCAAUUGUUACAUCCCAGACCAUGGGAAACUUCCAGGCUCUGCAUCUGAAAACACAGGUGGGAAUGUGGAAAAUAAACAUGGCAUCAGCAGAUUACUACACCCUGCGGGUUGUAGGUGAGAGUCCAGUCGACUUCCUGUUUGACUUUUUGAAGGAGUCACAUGGUCAAUUAGGAGGGUUUGAUCUUGUAGACAAUCGUCCCAUAGCUGGUGGUAAUGGUAGCUUAAUGGUGACUCUAACUGGGAGUGACACUGCCACAGUGACAGAGGUCACUCUGGUUCAAUCAUCAGGACAAUAUUACUGGAUAACGCUCCCCAGUAUCAAUGAAUGCAGACAGGCCUCAACUUCGAUGAAAAUGUCUACAGGAUUGUUUGUUCUGUGUCUCUUGAUCCUGCAAACUGGAGUUCAUGGUUUUGGGAUAUUACCAGUUUUGCUGAAUGAUAAUACUCUGAAUCAUCCGGAAAUUACAAAGCAAGCUAUUUUGAAUGCUACUGUGCAGACAUGUUGGACUCUGGCCCAAGCUGAAGGGACAAACUUCAAUUUUCCUCCUUUCACUGUAGAUGCUGUUGCGGCAGCCUGCAGUGCACCACAGUCAUCCAAGACUUUCCUGCAAGCCAUUAGAUCCAUACAGUGGAAAAACAUACAAGUAGACAUCCGCUAUGCUCUUAACGCAAGCUUCCACUUUGACGAGGAGAUGUUUGUUCAAGGAAAAAGAAUCAUUACAGAGGGAAUAAUAGCUGUCAAAGCGAGCAAUGGACAAGAAAAUUAUGAGACAGCAAGGCAGAAACUAGGAGAGAUUCUACAUCCUUUACAGGAUUUCUACAGUCACAGCAACUGGGUGGAGCUGGGGAACACACUCCCAAAUUCCAACCUGAUCCGAGCAGAUACCAGCAUAGGUAACAUCGCAGAUAAAAGCAGAGCUACAUGUCGCAGCUGUGAUGGAAACGACUGCAAGAAUAAUAUUCUGGAGGACAUCAUAUCAGAGAAAAUCCUGACCUCUGGGUACUUUGGGAUCUUUCCUUUCAUUUCAACCAAACCAAAAGGGAAGUGCAGUCAUGGAGGAAUAUUCGAUCGAACAAGUACGAUUGAGCCUAAAGGUGGGAUCAACAAAGACUCUUCAGACUCCAGCCAUGGACAUCUCCACACUCAAGCAGCAAACCUAGCAAUAGCUGCAACCAGUCAGCUAUUGGAGGACAUUCGAAGAGCCGCUGGAGACAGACAAUUUCUACAGAUGGUGGGGAUCUCUAAAGGUUCCGGCAGGGCUCUUUGUUUUGUCAUUGACACCACAAAGAGCAUGAGUGAUGAUAUUGAAGUGGUGAAGACCAUCACUUCUACCAUAAUCAACAGCAAUAAGGGAAGAGAGCCCUCCGUUUACAUUCUUGUACCUUUCAGUGAUCCAGGAUUUGGGCCCAUGACAAGGACCACAGACUCCACUGUUUUCAUGAAUAUGAUUGACUCAUUAACAGCAAGUGGUGGAGAUGAUGAAGCAGAACUGAGUCUUUCAGGACUACAGCUGGCUUUAACUAGCGCACCUUUCACUUCUGAAAUCUUCCUUAUCACGGAUGCUCCGGCUAAAGACAAACACUUGAAGAGUACAGUGAUUGCACUCAUAGAGCGGACCCAAACAGUGGUAAACUUUAUUAUCACUGACUCAAUAGUGACUAAUCGUCGCAGACGGAGUAACAAUCUGAAACGGUUCAGAAGGAUAUCCCCAUUGGAUGCUCAGCUGUACAGAGACCUGGCUCAGGUGUCAGGAGGUCAGGCCAUUGAAGUCACAAAGGCUGAACUUCCUGCUGCCACAAGAAUCAUAACACAGUCUGCCACCUCCUCGCUGGUGACUCUACUUCAGGCAGCCAGGAGCCCAGGACAGGUUGACAAGUUCACUUUUAUAGUUGAUGAAACAAUGACAAACAUUACAGUUUACAUCACUGGCCAAUCUGUCACUUUCACACUGGUCAGCCCAGCAGGUGUAUCUCAGGAAAGCACAGACUCAGCAGGAACCCUGAUCACUGCGUCUGAGUCAGUGGGAAAUUUUAAGGCUCUGCAGCUUCAGAAACAAGUUGGACAAUGGGAAAUCAGAGUGGUGUCAACUACCGCUUACACUCUGAGAGUUAUAGGUCAGAGUUCUAUUGACUUCUUGUUUGACUUCGUGGAGUCAUCUCAGGGCCCAUUUGCUGGAUUUGAUGCUCUCGACACACGUCCCAGAGCUGGUGUCAAUGGCAGCUUGCUGGUGUCUCUAACGGGGAGCAACUCUUCCACAGUGACAGAAGCUGCUCUGAUUGAAUUGUCAGGGUCAAAUGAGAUUCAAGGAGUUGUGGUCCCACAGGGGAGCAGAAACUUCUUAGUCCAGGUUAACAUGAUACCAUCGGUGGAAUUUGUGGUUCAAGUCAAAGGAAGACUUUCCAGUUCUUCAAAUAUCUUACAGAGACAGUCCCCCACUAGCUUUAGAGGUUCUAAUCUGACUAUUACUGCUGAUUCAAACAGCAUCCUGGUCCCAGGCACACCUUUUUUGGUGCCCUUUUCUGUGAUGACUGGUGGAACAGGCGGGAACUUAACCAUUCGAGCAACCAACAACAGAGGUUUUGACUCAGUAUAUCCAGCCAGCUUAUUCUUGGAAAGUGGAAACAGCACUAACGGUACAGUGACCCUCUCAGCACCCCUCAACACCCCAUCUGGUACUGAUAUCAUCCUGACCAUCGAAGCUGAGGCUCCAGGAGGAGCAGACACAAACUACAUUGUGUUGCGCUUCUCCGUUGUUAACCCGGUGAAUGAUUUCACUCCUCCAGACUGUCAGCUGCUCAGCCUGAAGUCCAGCUGCACUGAAAACUGCACCCUUUUGAUGUGGGAGCUCUCUGUCAGGGUGACUGACGGAGACAAAGGGACAGGUGUCAACAAUGUCAGUCUCAAAGAGGGUAAUGGUACUCUGAUCACCAGUCCGGCUCCUGACAAUGAGAAUAUAACGGUGGUGUCCUAUACUGCGUCCUGCUGCGCGCCUGAUGUGGAGCUGCUGGUUGUGGAUCGGGUGGGUAAUAUGGGCUCCUGUCUCUACAGUGCCUGGGAAGGUUCAUCAGCAGCUCUUUCUGUGUCCACAAGGCUCACUCUGUCACCUUUCUUGUACCUGAGCAUUGUGGCAUUAGGUUUACUUAAACUUACAGCAUUGCAGGACUCCAUGUGAAAGUGGCAAAGAAUGAAAUGUCUACAUUUUAUAUUAUACUCUAAUUUUAAACUAUGUUCAUUUAAAGCAAAUUAUCAUCCUCCUUGUAAUAUAAUCUAUUGUUCAUAUGAAAUUAACAUUUUUAUUGUAAGGAGGUGAAAGCGGAGCUGUUGUUUCUAUAAGGGAGUUAGUUAGGAUGCCACCUGACAACAAGGUGUUGUAUCCAUUUCAUUUAAAUCAGGUUUGUUGGAGCAGGGAAACAUCUACAACCUGCAGGCCAAUGGCCCUCGAGGACCAGUUUAACAUCCCUGAGAUAGAUGGAUGAAAAAUCUAGCUGUUGCAGGGUUUGAAAUUACAUGAAUCAUGCAAUUGAAUGACCAAAUGAAUCUAUUCUAAACAAUUAGAGAAAAAUUAAAUUACAUUAAAUUAGAUUACUUUACAAAAAGUGUGUAAAUGUGAUUAUUUUUUAUGAAGUUUAUAUAUCUAUGUGAAUCUCUUUUUGACUUGUGGUUGUGGUUCUGAUUUUGUUUUUGAUGUGAUGUCUGUCUCUUUGUUCAGGCUGCAAAAUCAAUUUAUCUCUGGGGACAAUAAAGGAUUGGAAUUGAAUUGAAUUGAAUUAAAUUGAAUUGAAUUGAAUUGAAUUGAAUUGAAUUGAACUGAAUAAACAUAAUGUAACACAAUUGAAAAAACAGUCAAGCUUCAGACCCUUGCCUCCCCAGUUUAAAACUCUUGCUGUCAUGUUGGCCAGGCCAUGCUCGUAAAAGAGAUAACUGGAUCUUAAACAUUUGCCUGGUAAAAUAAAGACUAAAUAAAUUACCUAGUUAGUCCAUCACAGGGCCAACACAGAGAGACAAAUGACCCCUAAAGUGUUGGGAGAACUUCGUAGACCAAUUAACCUGACACACAUGUCUUUGGACUGUGGGAGGAAGCUGGAGUACCUGGAGAUUAUGCAUGUUCUCUCCAUGCAACACGCAAACUCCACACAGAGCUCAAACCCCUAACCCAAAGCAGAGGCUUGAACCUUCAUUCUGUGAGCCAGCAGUGCUAACCACCACACCAUCGUGUAGCCCGAGUUUGGACAUAUGAAUUCAAAUUCUGAGUGUUUAAGUCAUUGGAUUGGUUCCAUCAUUAAACUUUCCAUUCCCCCUCAAGUGCCAAUCAAAUCAAUAUGUUUUUCUAAGUAACUUGAAGCUGCUAUGUUUGCAAUAAGCAAUACUUUUCAGAACCUUGAAAUCCUAAUUUUCCUAAUUUCCUAAUAAUUUUCCUUUUACAUAAUCUGACUUUCAUGCUUGUAGCCAUGCAUGGCAUUGUUUGUUUGUUUUGGGGUGUUUUUGUUUGUUUUUUGUAGAACAUUUGUAUAAAUUGACAGUAAAAGCAAGUGAAGUAGAAGUGGUGAAAAGUCUCCACUUCAUUACAAGUGGGGAGGAUUCUUCAGUGUGUCAUAAAGUUAAAUGAAGUUCAGACAAGCAUCAGAGGUCAGACAGGUCCUUUUCUAUUUUGUUGUCAGUAACAUGAAGGCUACUUUCUAUAGUAAGGCAAGCUGUCCAGUACUAACCUAAGAAAAGAGUAUUAGAGGUACAACGUGUAUCGUGUCUGUGAUCCAGGUCAGUUGACACAGAAGCAGUUACUUCCUAAGUAAAAAGGAGGCUGUUUACAUCUCACUUUAAGUGACCUUCCAGAAGCUUUAUGUACUGUAUUGUAUUCUUCUUUCCAGAAAGGUUGCUGUGUUUUAAUAAAUCUUACCUUAUAUCUCCAGUGAUUCCUAACUGAGUGGCAUCAUGAAAAUGUCUAUAACAAGUACAUGAAUAAAUCAGUUUAAAGAUA